AGGGAGGCGAUGUGACAUCGACAGAAAAUUUUUUUGGGGGCUCCAUCAUAACGGAGACGACAGGCCAGGAAGAAGCUGCCCACUACUAUUUGUUUACGAGGCGACAACCUAAAACAACACAGUGUAUUGCCGCCCCCUGUAGCUCACUAUGGCCCAGAACCAGGUGAUCCUGCAGUUUCACUUUGCCACGUUUGGCGACUCCAUGCUACAGAAGAUGAACCUCCUUCGACAACAGCGACGCUUCUGUGACGUCACUGUACGCAUCAACCAGCUUACAGUUCCCGGUCAUAAGGUGGUUUUUGCCGCUGGUUCAUCUUUCCUUCGAGACCAAUUCUUCCUUCAGCAGGACUCCAAUGAAGUGCAGAUCUCCAUGAUUCAGGAGGCAACGGUUGGCCAGCAGCUGCUGCUGUCCUGCUACACGGGCCAACUUGAGUUUCCUGAACUAGAGCUGGUGAAUUACCUGACAGUGGCCAGCUUCCUCCAAAUGGGCCACAUUGUUGAGCAGUGUACUCAAGCACUAAAUAAGUUCAUCAAGCCACAAACUUCCCACAGGCUGGAAGAUAGUGAGAUAAGAAGGGCAAGCAAGGAGCAAGCUUUGAAAGAACAGGAAAACUGCCAGGUGCAGACUGUCCAGAAGGGGGAGCUCGUAGAGGAUGAUAUCAGUACCGAUGAUGACGACGAUGAUGAAGAUGAUGUCAUUAUACAACCCAAAUCCCCUCCUCUGAUUUCGGACGCACCGCCCAGGUAUGAUGUGGAAGAGAGUGACAUAAGCAUAGUCAAGGUGGAGUCUAUGGAGCCUACCUUUCCCAGCAGCUCUCCAGCUGCCCUGCGCUCACCCGAGCCCCAACAUUCCCUCAUCAAUUCCACAGUAGACAGUCGAGGGAGCGAAAUGAUGGCGCCCCCUAGCUUGCCAGAUGACCCCUCCAGUCCCUCUUCGCCGUCCAAUCCUGCAGAUAGACCCGGCGUUCACCAGAGGAGUUAUGACAAACCCCUCCAGUGGUACCACCAGUGUCCCAAGUGCAGCCGCGUCUUCCGGCAGCUGGAAAAAUAUGCCAACCACCUGAAGAUGCACAAGCUCUUUAUGUGCCUGCUGUGUGGCAAGACCUUCACGCAGAAGGGCAACCUGCAUCGACACAUGCGCGUCCACGCGGGCAUCAAACCCUUCCAGUGUAAGAUCUGUGGGAAGACCUUCACCCAAAAGUGCUCUUUACUGGAUCACCUGAAUCUGCACAGCGGGGACAAGCCUCACCGCUGUAACUACUGUGACAUGAUGUUCGCUCACAAGCCUGUUCUCCGCAAGCACCUCAAACAGAUCCACGGCAAGAACAGCUUUGACAACGCACACGAAGGUAACCUGCACGACGGUGGGCCUGAGGAGAAUGACACCACCGGGCCCUUUUUCAUUCACUCGAACAAUUAUGAGAAAGACCUAAAGGAAGCAUACUAUGGAAAAUUGACUUUUUAAUGUUUCUACACACAUAGUUGAUGCCUGUCCAUCCAUCAAGUGCGAAAUUAAACAACCAAGUCAAAUUCUAUUUUUUUUUUUUUUGCCAAAUUCUAAAAAUGUGUCUUUUAGCAACCUCUUGUGCACUUCUGCCGCUCUGUUAUAAAACAGGGGUGCUAAUAAUAACCAACCAAGUCAAGGCUGGCUGACAUUCCCGAAAGAACAAACCACUUUGACGUGGCACCAAUCAUCUCAAAGCCGACACAAAAGCAGACCUGUGGUAUAAGCGCGGAUUAGUAUUCACUAAUAUUGUCUCACCAGUAUUAGCUGAAAAGUUAGUGAUGUGAUGUGAGGUGUGGGGUAUUUGUGUUUGACAAUGUCAGGUGCUACCUUGCUACAUUAACUGUUAAGAUGAUGAAAUGCUGCCUCCAUAAAUGACCAUGCAAUGGAAUCUCUCAAGCUGAGCCGUGAUUGGUCCUUACCUUCCUGAGAAACUAUGAUAGCUUCUGUAAACAGCAAGUGGCAAAAUGGCCGUGCUUGUAGAUGGAUAUAACUAGGGCUGUGUUAUAUCAUAUAACUAAUGGAUUUUGCUGCUUAAUUCAAGUCCCAUAAACAAUAUUAAUUUGAAUGCAGUGUUUAGACUGGUGAGGCUUACAGAGCAGCAUUAUUGUCAAGCAAUUUUUUGACUUGACUCCCAUUUUAAGAAAGAAUUUGAGGAAGGAAUUGAAAAGCAAUCUUGUGUUGCAUGCAUGAAGUCUGCAAGUUAAAAUAAAAUAAUUGGGUAAUAAUUAAAGUACGAAAACAAUUUGUAAAGAUGUAGUGACCAAUGAAGAGAAUUUUCUUCUGCUGGUUAAGUUUCUCUGCCAACAAUCAACUCAGCAUUUGUACAUCUACCACCAUUUUGGACAGCUGUAUACUAAUAAACUCAAAACACAUUCAAAAUGCAUUUGUAUUCACCCAAUGUGCAUUGGAUGUAACACUACUUUCCAAAAAAAAAAAAAAAAACCUCCACAGCUGAUGCGAAAUGUUGGUCAUGUUUCAAAACUUGUAUUAUUGCACUUAAAGUAGCAGAUACGCUUUGCACAUUAUAAAUAUUCAUGGUCUUAUUAUUUUCCCUGCCGUUUCACUUCUUAAUAUCUGAAGGGGGGGGCAGUUACUUCUGUGACGAUCUUAAGAAUUACAUAUCGUUUUAAUUAUGGUUAUCAUCCGUUACCCUCUUGAAAAUCAACCUGUCAUAUUUUGACUCCCCCUUCCCAAAAAAUAUACCAAUGACAUCUGCUAAUAUCAACAACAUCCUUAGUAGUUAGACAGAUUAUUCAAUUCUAACCCUGAAAUGAAAUUAUAGAACAUUAUAAUCAGUAAGUGAUUCAGUUUUUUGUGUUUUCUGGAAAAACUGGAAAAAUAUUUCAGGCCAUUAUCUUUAGUGACAGGUCAUCAGUUAUCCUGUUUAUGUAACUUGCUAUAGAUAACGUAAAAUGUACUUCACGCUGGAGCAUUGUGACGACCAUAAAGCUUCUCAAACAGGCGCUGAACUGUAGGUGGGGAGAGAAAACUGGCAAUUUUGCAGUGCUGCUCCAAUGACAAUUGAUGAAAUAUCACUUUUGGGACACCCUUUAACUUGUCCAAGUGUGAUGCAGUAUGAUUUGGGUUGCUGUGUUGCUUAUAUUAGCUUUAAUCGGGUUUUUUUUCAUUUGUUUUUUAUUUAAAGUUUUAAGAAUGUCAUUUUCCAUAUAUAUUAGACUGUUGUCAAAGUACAGCUUGUUGUCUGCAACUGUGAUAGCCUUUAUGCCAAAAAUUUGGAUAACUUUAUUUUUUAUCAAAAACUCAAGGCCAGUGAUGUGAUUUUCAUGAUUACAAAAUGACUAAAACUUACAAAAGGGAUGCUGCUGACUUUACAUUUCUUCAAGAAAGACUGAUUUAACUUAAUUGUGUAUGUCUCAGUGCUUGCUGAACUUGGCUUCUUUAUAGGGAAUAACUGGUUGAUGUUUCAGUAUCACUUUAUCACUGUGGACUUCUUUCAUCAUAUUGUACAUGCAUUCAUUCUGCACUUGAACGCCCAGCAUUGAAACAAAUUAAACUGAACAGAAAACCCGAAACAUAUCAGUAUGUUAUAUAUACUCUUUAUGUAUAAGUAGCAUUUUCUGUGUACAAGUAUGUUGAGACAAUAAAUACCAGGCGCUGCUUUGUUCGAUUUGAAGAGUUGACACUCAGUUAACAGUUCUCUCUUCUUUUGUAAAAAAAAAAAAAAAAAGCUUAGCCCAAAACAUUUGUAAUAAACAUUAAAAUACUGUACUUGAAACACUGUUAUUACUGUAGUUACAGUACAAUGUCAUUUCUUCUACACAUUGUUCAUGUAGACUCCAAUUGUUGUUCAAUAUAAUGACAAUAAAUAUUUAAAUAUG